AUGCACACUUUUCCUUCCUUCUGCUUAGACGUAAUCUUCUUCAUCUACCUCUAUCAACGUUGGAUCUACCGAAUCGAUCCUAAGCGUGUGAACGAGUUCGGAGUGAGCAAGGAAAUGUUGGACGAUAGAAAAGAGGAAGGCAAAGAGGCGGAAGUGACGACUACGGAAGAAGAAGGGGUGGCAAAAGACGAGCAGAUGUUGAAUUUCACCAACGCCAAAGGUGCUGAUAAUGCUCCGGAGACGUCAAAUAGCAGUGUCCGCCGGCGACGCGGAAAGGCGAUUAAAUCCACGGCCUCGUAA